CGUCAAUGACGACAGCGGCGCCCCAUUCGCUAGAUUACCAGGCAUCACGUUGAGUAGGACGACGGACAAGUGUCACUUGACCACAGUGCCACACUUUCAAACACGUUAGUGGUUAUAUGUGGCCGUAGAGAACGCUGUCAUGGAGCACAUAAAGGAUGGAUGGUUCACGGAGUCGUGCGCGCUAUGGCCGGGCCAAGCCAUGAGCCUCCAGGUGGAAGAGGUCCUCCACCAGAAGAAAUCCGAUUUCCAAGACAUUAUGGUGUUCAAGAGUAAAACCUAUGGGAAUGUCCUGGUUCUGGAUGGAGUGAUCCAGUGCACAGAGAGAGAUGAGUUUGCCUAUCAAGAGAUGAUUGCAAACCUGCCACUGUGCAGUCACCCUUGCCCCAAGAAGGUCUUGAUUAUUGGCGGUGGAGAUGGCGGAGUGCUACGGGAAGUGGUGAAGAGUCCCCUGGUGGAAUCGGUGGUUCUGUGUGAGAUAGAUGAGGAAGUCAUUAAUGCAUCAAAGAAGUUCCUCCCGGGAAUGGCCAAAGGGUUUUACAGUCCAAAGCUCAUCCUCCAUAUUGGAGACGGCUUUGAGUUCAUGAAGAAGAACCAGGAUGCCUUUGACAUCAUUAUAACCGAUUCCUCAGACCCUGUUGGACCUGCUGAGAGUUUGUUCAAGGAGUCUUACUAUCAACUGAUGAAGACAGCGUUGAGAAACGGUGGAAUUCUAUGCUCCCAGGGAGAGUGUCAAUGGCUCCAUUUGGAGCUGAUAAAGGAGAUGCGAACCUUCUGCAAGACCCUAUUCCCUGUGGUGGACUAUGCCUACAGCACCAUCCCAACUUAUCCCAGUGGCCAAAUUGGAUUCAUGCUCUGUAGUAAAAAUCCUGAAACAAAUUUCCUGGAACCAAUGAGAGCACUGUCAAAAGAAGAAAUGGAAAAUAUGAACCUUAAAUAUUACAACCCUGAAAUUCACAAAGCAUCAUUCGUCCUGCCUGAGUUUGCGAAGAAGGUACUCAAUGAAGCAUGACCAGCAACAACAGACCAUGUUCAUCCUCUACCUGGCCCUCUGACCACAAAUAUACAACCUGGUUCUAAGGCUUCUUCACCUCCUCAACACAGUUCAGCACCACUGAAAAGAGAUGCCUCCUAAAGAUUUUAUGGGUGGGGGCACCUUUAUUAUGAUUAGUGGGUGGGAACUGUCUGAGUUAUACAGUGAGAAGUGUUAGUUCACUCCAAUGUUUCCUUCCUUCCAGUCUUUCACGCUCUUGGCGUUUUUAUUUAUUUUACUGGUGUAUUUGGUUUUUCAUCUUUACUCUGUAAUCGUCUUAUCCACAUUUUGUGAAGAGCAAUUUAAUGGACUUGGGCUGAGUGGGAAGAGCAUUGCCGUCAAAUCUGACCUCAAUCUGAAACUGUACUGUCUAUCUGAUUCACCUCAUCUACACCUUAUGUAAUGCAUUACCUUUAUCACGUAGUACAUUGCUAUACUUUUAUUUGUAAUGUUUAAUAUCAGUUUGUGCUCAUAGGAAAAUACACAGUCGCCAUCUGUCAUGACUGCUUAUUCACAAUUCUAAUGUGUCCUCUACACAAAAACCCUAUAGUGCCUGAAAUAGGUUGUUUGUGGUUGGUCGGAGAAAAAAGACUUGCUCUGUAUCUAAGUGUACCAGGCACAUAGAGGCCUAGAAGAAAGCUCAUAUGUCAAUAGUUGAGAAAAGUGUCCCUUUAAAUUUGCUCAGCUUUAACCAUCAAUUACAACGGUGUGUAAAAAAAUAACUAAUGCAAAUUGUGAAAAAAUUAAAUAUGACAUUUGAGUUUUGCAAUGCGAAAAAUGUCAUUGAGAUGUGAAUUCAUUAUGCAAUUACAAACUUGCAGUAUUAUAGAAGGCUUGUAUUGUAGUAAGCCUGUAUUACAUGGUCAAUGUCAUAUGUAUUAUUGCAAGUCAACAUGGAAUCUGUUGAGAAAUAUCUGAGCAAUCAAUUUGUGAUUUUCUUUUUUAAGUACUGUAAUAAAUUGGUAACAUAA